AUGAAGGAGUUCGAGGACGUUUUCAAAGACUGCCUGGGCAAGUACAAGGGGACCCCUAUCUCCUUCAAUCUAGACCCUCAAGUUGUCCCUAUCCAUUUAAAGGCUAGGAGGGUUCCUUUCGCCCUGAAGCCCAAGAUUGACCGGGAACUGGACAAACUAGUAAGCCAGGGGAUACUAGUGCCAGUCGAUCAUGUGAAGUGGGAGACGCCAAUAGUCACCCCAGUGAAACCAGACGGGUCAGUCAGGAUUUGCGCCGAUUACAAGGCGACGCUAAACAAAGCUUUGCAAAAAAGCGCUUACCCCGUCCCUGUGGUACAACACUUGCUACAUUUGUUAGGGCAGGGGCAGGUUUUUGCUAAACUAGAUUUGGCCCAAGCCUAUCAGCAGUUACCCGUAGAUAGCAGCACGGCCGAAGCUCAAACAAUCGUAACGCACAGGGGUGCUUUCAAAUGCACCAGGUUACAAUUUGGGGUCAGUGUGGCACCAGGAUUAUUUCAAAAUUUAAUGGAGUGGCUUCUGCAGGGGCUCCCCGGGGUGGUACCGUACUUUGAUGACGUACUGGUAUCCGCCGACAAUAUGGAAGAACUUGGGGUGCGACUGAGAAAAGUUUUAAGUAUUUUCCGGUCCGCCGGUCUAAAAGUCAAAUUAAACAAGUGCCAGAUCGGGGUAGGAUCCGUAGAAUUCCUGGGCUACCGGAUAGACAGGGAGGGGAUCCACCCCACUGAGAGCAAGGUUAGGGCAAUCAGAAAGGCCCCAGCACCCCAAAACAAAACAGAGUUGCAGGCGUUUUUGGGUCUGGUAAAUUUUUACGCGGGUUUUUUAAAAAACAAGGCUACCAUAGCCGAGCCGCUACACAAAUUACUAGGAAAAAAUGCUGCAUGGUCUUGGGGAAAGGCGGAAGCUAGAGCAUUCGAAGCAAUAAAAAACCUCCUGUCUAGCGAUAGCCUAUUGAUACAAUACAAUAGCACACUACCAUUGGUGCUAGUUUGUGAUGCAUCCCCCUACGGGGUGGGGGCUGUGCUCAGCCACAGGCUGCCAAAUGGCACAGAAGCCCCUAUAGCGUUUUACUCCCGAACAAUGUCCUCAGCUGAAAGGAACUAUAGUCAGUUGGAUAGGGAAGCCUUGGCCAUAGUCUCCGGGGUAAAGAAGUUCCAUGAAUAUGUUUUCGGUCGCGACUUCGAAAUCGUCACAGACCAUAGACCCUUGCUAGGGUUGCUGGCGGGCGACCAUGCGCCCGUGGCACUUUCGCCCAGAUUAAGCCGAUGGACUAUCUUUCUGGCUGCAUAUUCGUACAAACUGCUACAUCGGCCAGGAAAGGAGUUAGGGCAUGCAGACGCCUUGAGCAGAUGCCCUUUACCAGCGACUAUCGAAGACCCCACUCUGGGCACACCCGUCUUGUUAAUUGACUCUUUGGACUCUGGUCCAGUCACUUCCAAGGAGGUGGCUCGGGCUUCUUACAAGGACAUUACAUUAAGGACUGUAAUGGGUUGGGUGCAAAGAGGAUGGCCCGCUGCGCCGGGUGAGCGUUUUAGGGAAUUUGUAAAAAAGCGCGGGGAAUUGUCGGUGCAAGGGGGGUGUCUGCUCUGGGGGGAUAGGGUGGUAGUCCCAGAGAAAUUGCAGAAAAAAGUUCUGGAACUUCUGCACGAAGGCCAUCCUGGGAUCGUGAGAAUGAAGGGUUUAGCCAGGAGCUAUGUGUGGUGGCCCUUGAUGGACAUGGAGAUUAGGAGUUCCGUAUGGGCACACAAUUAUGGUGAAGGCCCAAGCUGGCAAAAGGGAACAAUCCUAGAAACAACCGGGCCCAAAUCAUAUCUCGUAGAAAUAGAGGAUGGCCGGGUUUGGAAACGCCACAUAGACCAGUUAAGGAAAAGAAUAGCCACCAGUCUAGAAACAGACGAAACAGGCCCUGACUAUCCAAUAAUUGAAUCCACAGCUAACUCAAACCCGAGAAAACCGCAGGACUUAUCUGACUGUCCCUGCAAGACUAGCUGUGAGAAAGCACUGGAUGCUGCUGCUGCUGCUACUGCAGCUGGUGGUGAUAAUGACAGUAAUGAUGAUAAAGAUGACAAUGGUAGUGAUGAUGAUAAUGAUUUGAGUGGGAGAUCUAAAUAUCUCUAG